AUGGGGGACGGGUUCAUUAUUACAGAGUACAAUGUCAGUUUCUGCGCACACUUCCUGGUGGUGGACAAGCCAGCCGACCUGGUGAUCAACACACAGAAGGAGCACGAGCACCCGGUGAGCGUCGAGUCUCUGCUGCGCCGACAGCUUCCGGAGUUGGUUGAUCCAAGUGUGGAGCACGGCUUUCGCUUCUGCCACCGGCUGGACUUUGCCACCAGCGGAGUGCUGUGCCUGGCGCUCACACGCGCCGGGGCCCGGGCUGCACAGGCAUCAUUGGGACCUCCUCUUCGAACAGCGCGCAAGUGUUAUGCAGCCUUGCUAGAUGGACAUGUGGCCUUGCCUACAGGGUGGCGUGGCAUUGAGAUCAACCUGGCUGUGGGAGAGGAUGGCAGAGAAGGCCACCAGCACAAGAUGUGCACAGCCAAUGCUGAGUACUGCUUGAAUCCCAGAGAAGCCCGAACACGGAUACUUGUACUGGGUUGGGGCCUGUUUCAUGGACGGCCGGCCACACAGGCGGUGCUAAAGCCAGUGACCGGUCGGCGACAUCAGCUGCGAGUGCACUGCGCCACUCUAGGCCACCCUGUUGUAGGCGACACCACGUAUGGCGACGCGAGUGCUGCCGUGCACAGUCGCAUGUACUUGCACGCGUGGCGGCUCCUGCUGCCCACUCAGCUGGCUGUGGUUGAUGUGAGCACCGGAAGUGAGCACCCGUUUGGCUGCCACCAGGCCUGGCAGGAUGUGCCGUCUCAAGACAGACCGAAGUGGACUGUGGAUGAUGCAUUUGAGCAGCUUGAGUGCUCAGAACUGUUUCUUGCAUGGAGUGCGCAAUCGCCAAAGUGCUGCACUGACAGGAUUCAGGGCAGGGAAUGUGCGAAUAAUAAGUGUAGCUAAAUGAAAGAAAUGACUUAGCAUAAGUUUCACUAGGGUUAACUGCACAAAAAGUGCCUAUGCAUUGUCAUCAAAUGUUAAUACUAAGCCUGAAUUUGUAGUUACGUUUAUGUUCAGCCUGAAUUGGACCCUUUUUUUCAUUGAUGAAGAUGACCGUGUAGUAAGCAACAGCUAAAAUAUUCUAAUUUGAAGGAUCCUUUAAUCCAUCUCCACAAAGGCGUAAAAUAUGGCCUAAAGCAGGACUCUCUCAUAAACUUGAGUCAAAAACAGUUAAAAAUAAACGUGGCUGAUCCCCCUAAUAGGAAUCGGUAUAACACAAAAGUGAAACAUGUCUUUACAGAGGUGGUUGAGCCUUUAUUGAUCAUUGUUUCAGCAACAGCAAUAAAUUGCAAAGUUAAAUUAAGAACAGCAAGCAGCUCGACACUUGCAGUACACGCCUCAAGCAGAAAGCAUGCACAAAAUUAGCAUACACAAGACAUGCGAGGACCAACAACUGUCACAGCUCGACACAAAGCGUGCUCGUCAAACAAAAAUGCACGAAGCGAGCACGAAGAAGAGACCAUGGUCCGCGGAGGCAGCACUUCGUGGAGGCGACGACCUUUAGAGCGCGCCCAGCGCGAGCCCCUUGCGCCAUCUCACUACUGAUAAUUAUAACAGGCUGAAGUUUUGAAGCUCUGAGGACUUACAAUUGGUGUAUGGUGUAUAUAAAUGGCUUGCUGUAGCACUCCAGACAA